AUGCCGCCAUUCCUCAACUCAAAAUUCCCCCCUCCUCUCUCCCGCACCCUUCCCCUGACCUCUUUACAGGCGCGUGAGGAACUAUACGCUCCCAAUAACUAUCCUGUUUCAAGCCCCUCGUCUCUAACUGAUUACCGUCUCGAACGCUUCAACCCUUCGUCCGUUCGACCAAUCAUGACGCUUCCAUCCAUCAGCGUUCCCAAGAUGCCUCGUGCUGCCAGCGAGCUCCUAAGCGGCUCCUAUUUCGGCAGCCGAAGCGCGCGCGAGAGCCUUCCGACGCUCAGCAGCCAGAGCAGCAGCCUAUCGGAGCGAAGCCAAUCGGCGCGCAGCGAGCCAGCGCUGAGCAGCGGCGGAGAGAUGGCGGAGCUUGAGUACCAAAACUCCGCCGGGGGGAAGGCGCAAGGGGGAGGAGAGGCGGAGAGCGGAAAGGCGGCGCAGCAGAAGCAGCAGUGGGGCGCGUGGCACGCGCAGGUGCAACAGCUGUGGGGAAGCAGCAGUCAGCUGCUGGCGCGGUACACGAGCGGCGGGAAGGUGGCGUCGCUUGAGAACAACUGCGCCUUGCAGAGCGCGUGGAACCCCGUGGAAGGGGAAUCCGACCGACCACAGCACGUCGUGAUCUACAUCUGCGAAUCGAUUUCCCUGGCCGCGCUCGCUCCGUCCCCUCCCAUCCGUUCAACCUCGUCGUCGCAUCGGUUUCCCCUACAUCGCCUACGCGCUCUCUCCGAUUCCGGCUCUGUAACGAGUGUAGAAACCCCCAAACCGUUACAAGCGGCAGCAGACGAGGAUCGAACGUCGCAGGAGAAGGAGAGAGAGGAAGGCAGGGGCGCAGAGGGGGGGAAAGAUGCAGGUGGGCAGGUAGCGGAAGAGAAAGCGCCGAACCAGGCGAAAGCGGAGGUUGCAGAUCAGCAGGAGAAGGAUGCAGAGACAGGGGAGCAGAGGCAAGAGGAAGGGGAAAGAGGAAAAGAGAGAGAAGAGAAAGAAGGAGGAGAAGGAGGAGGGGGAGAAGAGGACGACGACGAGGAUCCCGAGGUGGAGGCGGGCUUUAAGAUGUCGCGCGUGUGCGACCGGCUGGUGGACGUGUUCUGGGUGGAGAAGCCCCACCCCGCGCAGUGGCGCCUGCUGCUCGCCUUCAGCGCCGAGUGGGCGCGCAUCCGCCCGCACUUCUUCGCGCGCGCCAAGCUGCGCGCGCGCGAGUUCGAGGAGCAGGGCAAGCCCGACAAGGCCGCGGAGCUGUACCGGCUCGCGCGGAGGCUCAAGGAGGUGGAUGACUCAAUGACAGCACACAAUGAAUUAUUCUCUCUCGUGGAGGAGCACGAGGCGGACGGCGCACUGGAGGGGCUGGUGGCGAGGCGGAGGCGGGACUUCACAGGGGAGUUCUUCGAGCAUCUGCAGAUUCUUUGCCAAGCCAACCAUGAUAACCCGCAGCGGCAAGAUGAAAUCGCAUCCCUGGCAGCCAAAUGUCUCACAGCAGUCGAUAUCCACGACAAGGUGGAGGCAGAUGAAGCAGCAGUGGAGGCAGCACAGGCCAAGUUCGACGACAUCAUGGGCAGCGCCAGCCUGGCAGAGGCGUGCGGGAAGAUUGACCAGCUGGCGGCUCGGCAGCAGCUGGACUCGACGCUCAUGCUCAUGAUCACCAAGGCGUGGGCUGCUGCCAAGGAGAGCAACAUGAUGAAAGACGAGGUGAAGGACAUCAUGUACCAUCUGUACAAGCAGGCGCAGAUCAACAUGCGCAUGCUCGUGCCCAAGGAGGUGCGCAUUCUGCGCCACGUGCUCUCCAUCGACGACCCCCGCCAGCAGCUCACAGAGCUCACCAACGCAUUCUCGCCCGGAGGGGAACUCGAAGUCCAAAACGCCUCAGAGGACAUGCUCUACACGACACCGGAGAAGCUCUUGGAGGUGAUAGAGCAGGUGCUCGAUGCGUACUAUGCGCAGCUCAGGCAGCAGAGCUCACUGAUUGAUGAGGCCAAGAAGCUCAUGAAUCCAGCGGUAAUUGCUAGAAUGGAGGUGCUGAAAGACGUCAUAGUGGACCAGUUUAUGUAG